AUACAUAUAAGCAGCGACCCUGAAUUUUGAUUUUUCAAUCCCUGCUCUGUCUCUGCUCUUCCCUUCUGGUCCCUUUCUUUAGCAUUUGUAGAUCCCCAAUUCCUCAAUUCACCUAUAUAUAUACACACACACGCAUAACUGUGUUACUUUGGGUGUUUUUAACUGCCCAAUAAAGCAUCAUGUUUCUGUUAGAUUGGUUCUAUGGAGUUCUUGCUUCUCUUGGAUUAUGGCAAAAAGAGGCCAAGAUUCUUUUCUUGGGUCUUGACAAUGCCGGAAAGACUACUCUCCUUCACAUGUUGAAAGAUGAGAGACUGGUACAGCACCAGCCGACCCAGCACCCAACAUCGGAGGAGUUGAGCAUAGGGAAGAUCAAGUUUAAGGCUUUCGAUUUGGGUGGUCAUCAGAUCGCUCGCCGUGUUUGGAAGGAUUACUAUGCUAAGGUGGAUGCAGUGGUUUACCUGGUGGAUGCAUAUGACAAGGAGAGGUUUGCAGAAUCAAAAAAGGAAUUGGAUGCCCUCCUUUCAGAUGAAGCGCUGGCCAAUGUUCCUUUUCUCAUUCUUGGCAACAAGAUUGAUAUCCCCUAUGCAGCUUCUGAAGAUGAGCUUCGUUAUCACCUCGGUCUUACCAAUUUCACAACUGGCAAGGGGAAGGUCAAUCUAACAGACUCCAAUGUUCGUCCCCUUGAAGUUUUCAUGUGCAGUAUUGUUCGCAAGAUGGGAUAUGGUGAUGGCUUCAAGUGGCUCUCACAAUACAUCAAAUAAGCGUUUUUCUGAAAACAUCUGGCCUUGUAUUCUUUUGGAGCAUUUGCUGUCAUUUUUGCAGUGUCUUACCGCUAUUAGAUUGAAGAUGGAAUUUCUUGUUUGUCUUCAAUAGAUUGGUUGGAGGAUUAACAUCACUUGAAACAUUUGAUUGAUAACUCAGCCAUUGUGGACUUUGGUGUUUAUUGAAGAACAAAGUUGUGUGCAAUUAUUUUGUGAUGCUCUAUAUAUUCCAAGGAUUAAUAAGGUCA